UUAAGGCGCGCGCUUGCGUCACUGCGCGUUGUGACGUCGCGCGCCGCCUUCAGGAGUGUGUGGUGGCUGAAGCUGUGAGGGUCUGUCUCUGGCUCCCCCGUCUCCUGGCCGGGCUGGAGUGGGCCGCGGGCGCGGGAGGUCUGAAGCUGCCUGCAGAGGAGGCACCACUCCAGAGAAUCUUCACAGAGUCGGAUCUUUGCCACAAGUGGGCUUUUUUCCCAUGCCAUCCUGUCCUUUGGCUCACGGCAAAAUCAGUGCUGAGUUGUGCCCCCCUGUGCUGAACCCCCCAGGUGUGAAGUCGAAACCAUGUGAAGGGCCCUUCCUCAGCUUCCCUUGACCCCUGUCUUGGGUGAAUUUCUGCUGGGCCUGAGUUGCCAGCCACCAUGAUGUUCCGGGAUCAGGUGGGCAUUCUCGCUGACUGGUUCAAAGGUUGGAAUGAAUGCGAGCAGACAGUAGCCCUGCUGUCACUCCUCAAGCGCAUCUCUCGCACUCAAGCCCGCUUCCUGCAGUUGUGCCUGGAGCACUCGCUGGCGGACUGCACCGAGAUCCACGUUUUGGAGUCCGAGGCCAACAGUGCAGCCCUCAUCAGCCAGUGGCAUCAAGAGUCCAAGGAUAAAGUGGUCUCCCUGCUCCUCUCCCACCUGCCCCUUCUCCAGCCUGGCAACACGGAUGCCAAGUCGGAGUACAUGAAGCUCCUGCAGAAGGUGCUGACGUACUCCACUGAGAGUAACCUUUUCAUCGAGGAGAGCCGGCAGCUCCUCUCCUACGCCCUCAUCCACCCGGCUACCACGCUGGAUGACCGCAACUCUCUGGCUCUCUGGCUCAACCAUCUCGAGGAACGUCUCUCCAGUGGCUACUCCAGCCAGGGCAGAGGUCGACCGGACACAGCCUACCACUCACGUCAGGGCUCAGACGAGUGGCAAGGCCCGGUAGAUGCAGGCCUCGGGGAACUGGGGCACAGCUGGCAGGAGAAGCCCCCGCGAGAAAAUGGGCACAUGUCCUUCCACUCCUCUGGUUCCACUCCAUCGGCCAUCAACAGCAUCGGGAGUAACACAAACACAGCCCUCCCCUGCCAAAUCCACCCCAGCCCACUGAAGCGCUCCAUGUCCCUCAUCCCCACGAGCCAGCAGGUCCCCGGCGAGUGGAUGAGUGUGGAGGAGAUGGGGGCUCGGCCUGCCUUCAUCUCCGGCGGGGAACACGCCCCCCUCUCACCCCAGAGCAGCGUGGCCUCUUCGGGCAGUGAGCAGACAGAGGAACAUUCCGGCAGCCGCAACACCUUCCAGGAGGACGGCAGUGGCAUGAAAGAUGUCCCUUCAUGGCUGAAGAGCCUUCGUCUCCAUAAAUAUGCAGCCCUUUUUUCCCAAAUGACCUAUGAAGAGAUGAUGACCCUCACAGAACAGCAUCUGGAAUCACAGAACGUGACCAAAGGAGCCAGGCACAAAAUAGCUUUGAGUAUCCAGAAGCUGCGGGAAAGGCAGAGUGUCCUCAAAUCUCUGGAGAAGGACAUCCUGGAAGGGGGCAACUUGUGGAAUGCGCUCCAGGAACUGCAGCAGAUAAUCAUCACGCCCAUCAAGGCUUUCCACACCCUGCAGAUCACAGCAGCCUCCAAGGAGGGCCAGCCGCUUGCAGGGGAGCCACGUGGGGGCCCCAAGCUAGGCUUAGAGAAGACCAGCAAUGGGGCUGAGGAUAAGGAGCCCCCAGCUGAUACCUUCCCGCUCCCAACGGGCUCUCCUUGUGAUGGGGAGUCAGGAGCGGCACCUAUUGCUGAGGGAGACAUUGCAGGACAGUUCACGCGGGUGAUGGGCAAAGUGUGUACACAAUUGCUGGUGUCCCGGCCAGAUGAGGAGAACAUCACCAGUUACCUCCAGCUGAUAGAGAAGUGCCUGAUGCAUGAGGCAUUCACAGAGACACAGAAGAAGAGGCUGCUGUCCUGGAAGCAGCAGGUCCUCAAGUUACUGCGGACGUUUCCAAGGAAGGCUGUGCUGGACAUGCAAGGCUACCGCCCGCAAAAAGGAUGGGCCUUUGGCUCCAACUCUCUCCCCAUAGCUGGAUCUGUGGGGGUGGGGGUGGCACGCAGAGGACAGCGGCAGUUCCAGAUGCCCCCCCGUGCCAUCCCCCCAAGCCGUAUGGGGAUCCUGAGUCCUGCAGGGAUCGGUGGCGUCCCUCCCCGGCAUGCUCUCACUAGUCAAAACCUGGGGAGCCAAGGGCGACAAAAUCUGUGGUUUGCCAAUCCCGGAGGAAGCAACAGCAUGCCCGGCCAGAGCCGCAGCUCAGUCCAGCGGACCCAUUCGCUCCCCGUCCACACAUCCCCACAGGCCAUCCUCAUGUUCCCCCAGGAUUGCCAACUCCCCGGAACAGAUCUGGAGAUCAACCCCACGCUGGAGUCGCUAUGUCUCAGUAUGACUGAGCAUGCGCUGGGUGACGGUAGCGACAAGACUUCUACCAUUUGAAAGAAGCUGGAUCGGCUGGUGUUCCUGAGAAGCUUUAGGGGGGCUGUUUUUAUUUUUUUUCUCCCUUUUUCUGUUAACCCCUCCCCUCAGGGGUGUGUUGCUGUGUGUGUGUGAGGGGGGUAGGUGGACCACUUUCCCCCUGCCUCCCCACAACCCACCUCUAGCAUUCCCUAGCAGCUGGAAGGAUGGGGGGGAGGCAAAAAGCUGUCACUCCAAUCUUUACCAUCUUAGUGUGUUCUAAUAUUUUUUCUACUUUUUAUUAUGAUAACUUCAGCUAUUGGUUUAAUAUUUUGAUGUACACAGGAGUUGGAAGAGGCUCCCAACGUUUAACUUGGCAAAGCCAGAGGGCACGAAGAGACUGAAUUUGGGCCAUAUUAUUCUCUUUCCUAUUUUGGUUUUUCGUUCUUCAUUUUCCCCUUGGAGCUCCAUAAAGUGAAGGGAGAGCUGAGGCUAACCGAAGGAAGGUGAUGUGCGGAAGGCCGGUCUCUCUUGCCUUGGCUAUUGUGGGGGCACUGAGCAAGCAGCGCCAGGACACGAGGGCUUUGCAGGGUCAGCCUGAUGAGCAGGCUCUGUCUGGCCUGACCCCUGCCAGUGCUUUCUGUACCUGGCAGUGACCGGGGGGAGGGGGGGAUGCUGCAGGUGGCCGUCAACUUCAGUUCUUACAAAGUGCCUCUAACACACUCCUAGCAAAAACAGGUGGGGUCGGGGAGGGAUUGCCCAGUGCGAGACAUAAUGAAGCCAUGUCCUUGUGCUGCCCCAGUACGGAGACGGCUCAGGAAGAGCUGACAGCGGGGGCCCCACCCCCCUCAGGAAAGGAGAAUGGUAUAGCCCAAUGGUGCAGAUGACUAACCCGGGGUAUUGCAGCCUCUUGGGAGUGAUUGAGGAGACGCAGGGAGGGGAAUCAGCCCAGUUUUGUUGAAGCAGAUCAGGUGAGGGGGUUUUGGUGGGGUGGCAUUGCUCAGCAGUUUGAAGCUCAGGGGCAGAGUUUUUAGUGGAACUGGGUUGGUGUCCCUUCUACACAUGCAAGGAUUUUGGUUCUCCAGUAAAGAAGACAGGUGGGAGGGAAGCAGUUAACUGUUGGAGCUUCUCCUCCGAAAGCUCAGUCGCGGGUCUUCUGUCGUUCUGCAGUGGUUGGAAAGUGCACGGUUCCCCAUCUUUCUUGAGAAUACAUCUUGGGGCAAAUCUCUGCUGCCUAGAGGAAUGUGAGAAUCUUCUUCCUCACCUGGUUUUUACACCAGUUUGAUCGCUAACUGGGGGGGGGGGGCUUAGUUUCAGUCUGGGGGGAAUUUUAUGGUGCUAAUGAAUUUGCAGGAUCAAACUGCUGCAUGGGGGUGAGGGCAGAAUCUAAUUGGAGGGUGGUCCCAAGAACUGAGGCCACCACCUCCAGGGGUGGGGAUGGGGGGAUUGAAGCACUCCUGAGCAUGAAUUCAGACGGCACAAGGACAGUCGGAGGAGAGGUUGGCACUUGGUUUCUGUGCACUCCGAUUUAUAUGAACACUACAAAGGGGGGGGGGAGAAAUGUUCCUUUGUGUACCCCCCCACACCCACUCCGCAUUCACCAGCUCACCCUGGGAAUGCCAUUUGCUUGCUGAGCCUCUCCCUAGUUUUUAUGUGUAGCUUUAUUUGUGGGUGGGGGUGGAGAGAAUAAAAUGCCAGGGUCACAUUUGAAUCCCUUCUCUCGGCUUUGGGGGCUUGACACCAGCUGCCUCGCUGUGUGUUUCAAGCAGGCCUGGAUGAUGCUUUUCCAAGGUGAACAGGGUUGGCCGUCCGAGCCUGGGAGGUGCAGCCUGAACAGGCUUACGUGAAGAAGGGGCGGGGGCGGGGUGUCUUAGCCUUGAAGCAGUUGGAGGAGUGGGAAGAAGAGGAAUGCGGACAGGACCCUGAGGUUGCUGGGGGAGGGGCAGUGGUUCUGAGGCCCCCGAAUGCCUAAGACAGAAGGGGCAAUCUCACUUGGGGUCCUGGCGGGGCAGAGGGGUGAGGCCCCCUGAAGGCUGACCUUGGUGGGCCCUUUGGUACAGAGAAACGUUGUCGCCCCCCCCCCCCCCCGCCUCUCUCCCAUCCUCAAAACUGUUUUUAAUAUAAAGGCCUUUUUUUCCAAAGUCUGUACCAAACUGUAGUGUACAAAAAAAAAGCAAACCUGAGAGAACUAUUUCUAAAAGAAAAAUAAGUAGAGCAACACGGUUCCUGUUUCAGAUAGAAAUGUUAUUUUAGAUACAUUUUAUUAUGAAUAACUUUUGUUAUGACUAUGGCUGGUAACCAUGAAUACGUUAUUUAAAAAAAAAACACAAAACAUUUUACAAAAAAAAAAAAUCCAUUCUGACUUUAGAUUGCUCUGUUGGACUCCCUGGCCGCUCCCCCCUUCUAGUUUUGCUUUGUAAAAGGCAUCCAGAAUUUAAGUAUUAGCCCUUUUUUAUUAACCUCUAUGAUAAAGCUGUGCUUAUUUUGUAUUAA